CGGAUGCUUCAUCUUUAGGCCUUGCGUGCAGCAUGCCUACGUCCAUGAUGUUCUUAGGAUCUUUACCCGUUGCUUAUAUCCUAAAGAGCGGCUACAUAUCACCUCGAGUGAUGGCGGUCACUGGAGCUAUCAUAUCAUCGUUAGGAAUCAUCAUUUCCGGUUAUCUGACAUCUGUAAUCCCUCUCGGAUUCUGCCUUGCCCUAACAGGAUUUGGACUGUCGAUGGGGUACCUACCAAUCAAAGUCUUACUCAAUGACUACUUCCAGGAUACAUUCAUACUUAUGAACUCUUUAGGCAAUCUAGGAAAACCUGCAGGUGCAAUAGUUGUUCCAGUCAUCAUCGAGGGGGCGCUAGAUGCGUAUGGGUUCAGUGGUGCCAUGCUCAUCCUUGGAGGGAUCAGCUUGCAUGCAAUUCCUGCCAGUUUAGCUCUUAGGACAGUAAAGGGUUCUCCCAAAGCCACAAGUAUUCAGAAAAGAGAAGGUUGUCAAGAACCUUUAAUCGAUCCGAAUGGUGAUAAUAAGAGUGUUCUUAUGGCUGUAGAUGAUGGUGAAAUAGUUAGCUCGGACGACCUGGCUUCAUCGUCAAAAGAAAUUAGCCAAUAUCGAGAAGAUCACCUUGAGAGAGAAUCUGCAGAUAAUGACGUUUUACCUUGGAGGCUGCGAUUGUGGCGGUGGUUCCGGCACUGCAUUAUUGUGGAAGAACCUCUCCUGUUACUUUCACUUCCUAUUCUUUUCCUCACGUUCUUCGUUGCGCAAUCAUGGAUUUUAUUUCUUGUUCCAAGAGCAAUAUGGCACGGAAUUCCAACUUCUAAAGCCGUUUUGUUGUCAUCAAUUGGAGGUGGAGGUGGCGUCCUAGGGAGAAUUCUAUGCAUUGCGAUUCUCUUCUUCUUAAGAGUUGAUUUUAUUGUCGUUUCCCUGAUCCUGAGUGUGAUAUCAUCAACUACCUUCUUAAUUGACCCACUGCUAACAUCGUUCCCAGUCAUGUGCGUCACGGCGUUUGUCCAAGGGUUGUGCGUCUUCAGCUCAGGAAUAUCUUCUGCUGCCUUCCUCAAGGGCUCUGUGUCUAAUAAAAACUUCACGGUUGCCGCAGGGAUCUUUGGUUUGGUGACCGGCAUCGGAGGGAAUGUCGGAAGUUUGUUAUCAGGUAUGAUCAAGGACAAGACUGGAUCCUACACAAUAGUGUCUCUUGCUCUUGGUUUCACCAACUGUCUAACUGUGAUCCUCACAAUUGUCUUCUUGGCUGCCCGACGGGGACGGGAUCAUCUCACAUUACAAGACAAACGAGAAAAAUGAUCAAGGAUUUGAUGAUCACCGCAUCUUGCUCUUAGAAAUGUUGUGGUCUAGUCGAUAGGUCAACAGACUGUAGAUCAGAAGUUGCGGGGU